CAUACACACAUCCAACCCGCCCUCACACCACCAGCCCUCAUCCAAUCCAUCAUAACCACAAUUGCCUCACCCAACCGUCUCGGCCUUACUCCCACAUCAGCCAAUGCCACCCCUCGAGCCCUCCCCUUGAACCACACCCCAAACCCAAGUCCGCCAUGGCCGAGAGCUACGAGCUCCGCGGCAAAUACCACCGCGUCGACAAAGAAGAAGACACACCGCGAUCCUCCCGCGAGGCCGCCGCCGGCGCCGACGACUACGACCACUACUCCGACGGCUCAGACCUCGACGACUUCGACCCUCUGAUCGACGAGCACAAGCGCACCACCAGCACCACACGGCCCACAUCCUCGCGCGGGCGACGGGAUGCCAACAGCAGCAACAACAAUGCACGCGAGCUGUUCACGCCGCGGCGCUCAGCAUGGCGGCGAUGGCUCGUGCCGGGGCGCAUGUGCUGCUUCGUGACGCUGCUGUUCGUGGGGGCGGCAGUGCUGGUCAUAACGGCGGGCGGGAUCUGGGCGUGGAAGGUGGCGCCGGCGCAUGGGCAGAGUGAGGCGUGGUAUCCGAGUCCGGCGGGGGGCACGGUGGAGGCGUGGGCGGACAGCUACGCGAAGGCGGCGGAGCUGGUGCGGCAGAUGACGGUUGUGGAGAAGGUGAAUGUGACGACGGGGGUGGGGUGGAUGAUGGGCAUGUGUGUUGGGAAUACGGGGGCGGUGCCGCGGUUGGGGUUUGGUAGUCUUUGCUUGCAGGAUGGGCCGUUGGGCGUGCGGUAUACGGAGAAUGUGACUGCGUUUCCGGCGGGGGUUACGGUUGGGGCGACGUGGGAUAAGAGCUUGUUUUAUAAUCGGGGCAGGCUGCAUGCUAUUGAGGCUAAGGCGAAGGGUGUCAAUGUCCUUCUUGGGCCGUCGAUGGGGCCGCUUGGGAGAGCGCCGGGUGGAGGGAGGAAUUGGGAAGGCUUUGGUGCGGAUCCUGUUCUGCAGGGUAUUGCUGCGAGGGAGACGAUUCGCGGCAUUCAGGAGCAGGGUAUCAUUGCGACAGCAAAGCACUGGGUCGGUAACGAACAAGAACAUUUCCGCCAGUCCUGGGAAUGGGGCACGCCCAACGCCAUCUCUUCAAACUUCGACGACCGUGCCUUGCACGAACUGUAUGCCUGGCCAUUCGCAGAGAGUGUUCGCGCUGGUGUGGGCUCGGUGAUGUGCGCCUACAACCAGGUCAACAACUCCUAUGCAUGCCAGAACAGCAAACUCAUGAACGGCGUGCUGAAGGACGAGCUUGGCUUCCAAGGCUUUGUGCAAUCAGACUGGCUGGCACAGCGCAGUGGAGUCGCCAGUGCUCUUGCUGGGCUUGACAUGUCCAUGCCUGGCGAUGGACUCCGAUGGACGGAUGGCAAGCCGCUAUGGGGCGGUAAGCUCACGCAGGCUGUUCUCAACGGGAGUGUGCCUACCAGCAGACUCGACGAUAUGGUGACACGCAUCGUAGCAGCAUGGUAUCAGAUGGGCCAGGACAAUCAGGACAAGUGGCCGCAACCACCCGAAGGCGGCCCCAACUUCUCUUCGUGGACAAACGAAGAAACAGGCAAGAUACAUCCGGGCAGCGAUGACGAGACGACCGCCGUAGUCAACAAAUUUGUCAACGCCCAGAAAGUGGAUGACCCCGUUGGGAAUACACACGGUCAGCUUGCACGUCAGGUUGCUGCUGCGGGCCAUGUUGUCCUUAAGAAUGAGGAUGAUAUCCUUCCCCUCCCACGCAAGGGGUGGAAUGGCGACGACGUCGACGAGGGGGUGAAAUCUCGCGUCGGCAUUUUUGGUGAAGAUGCUCGUGUCAACGCGAAUGGACCGAACAGCUGCAACGACCGUGGCUGUAACGAAGGAACUCUUGCUCAGGGGUGGGGCUCAGGGACUGUCGAGUUUCCCUAUCUGAGCGAUCCGUUGUCUGCCAUACGAGACGCCUUUGACGAAGACACCGUCUACGUGACUAACUGGCCCAAGAACGAGCUGCCGAAGAAGGAGCGACAGAUUGUCGAGGACCAGGAUGUGUGUAUCGUCUUUGCCAACGCCGACGCUGGCGAGGGCUUCAUCAAGGCCAACGGAAUCGCCGCCGACCGAACGGACCUGCGCCUUCAGAAAGGUGGUGACCAACUAAUCAAGGAAGUGUCGGCAAGCUGCGGCAAAGGCGCCGGAAAGACAAUUGUCGUCAUCCACGCCGUCGGCCCGGUCAUCAUGGAAGACUGGAUCGACCUGCCCGGCAUCUCGGCUGUAGUUAUGGCACACCUCCCCGGCCAAGAAUCCGGAAACGCUCUCGUCGACAUCCUCUUCGGCGACGUCGCCCCCUCUGGUCGCCUCCCCUACACCAUCGCCAAAUCACUCGACGACUACGGCCCAGGCGCCCAGAUCCUUACCUUCCCCAACCACCCAGUUCCACAACAGAACUUCACCGAGGGCCUCUACAUCGACUACCGCUACCUUGAUAAACAUGACAUCGCCCCGCGCUUCGAGUUCGGCUUCGGCCUCUCCUACACCACCUUCACCCUCAACAACCUCCUGAUCGCACCCCAAGGGUCCCGCGGCCUCCUCCCCGCUCCUCGCCCAGACGCCCUCGCCCCCCCUCAUUUUGACACCACCCUGCCCAGCCCGUCAGAAGCCCAGUUUCCAACUGGCUGGCGCAGACUCAAGAAAUACAUCUACCCCUACCUCUCCCCCUCCGACACCAUCGACACAUCCCCCUACCCCUACCCAGACGGCUACAGGACAAUCCACACACCCUCGCCCGCCGGCGGCGCCCAGGGCGGCAACCCAGAUCUCUACACCGUGGUAGCCAAGGUCUCCCUCACCGUCACCAACGCCGGGCCCCGCGACGGCUCCACAAUCGUCCAGCUGUACAUUACCUACCCGCCCGACUACGCCGACGACGAGACGGGCGAGCCCGUGGAUUUCCCCGUCCGCGUGCUGCGCGCGUUUGAGAAGGUGCGGGUCAGUAAAGGGGGCCGCACGGGCGUGCACAUGGAGUUGACGCGUAAGGAUCUGAGCUAUUGGUGUGUGCGGCGGCAGAAUUGGGUGUUGCCGCAGGGCGAGUUUGGGGUUGAGGUUGGGUUUUCGAGUCGUGAUUUGCCGGUUAAGGGGGUGCUUUGAGGGGUUUGUGUGUGUGUGUGUGUGGGACGGGGGUGGGAUGGAUUUACUUCGUGUUAUAUGUAUGUGUUUAUGUGUGUGUUCUGUAUGGUAGGGUGUGUCAUGCGGCUGGUGUAAAAACUUGUUGUAGAAUGGAAUAGACGUAGACAGAGGCAUUGUUUGUAGGUGGUGGAUUUGGUUGUACAUAGGGUUCUAUGAACAUGUAUCACGUAUUCGUUCGUCUGAUAUUCUAUCUAUUCCUCUUAUGUCUGGGAAAGGGGGAGAUGCAUAUCGUGCAUGCGAAGGAAGUCACGCUCUAUGCGCACAUCUUCUAAUGUAUUCACCCAUGGCCUAACAUAGAGGGGGACAUCCCAUGUACUUAAACGCCGUCCCU